GGGCCCGGCGGCGGGGCCUCCGCCGGCCCACCAGGCCCUGCGCGCCCGCGGCCAACAUGGCGGCGCUGAGCGGCGGCGCGCCGUGGCGGCGGGGCUGGCUGCCCGCCCUGCGGCUCGCCCGGCGCAGCUCCAAGGCGGUGACCCGGCACUGGAAGGCCGUGCACCUCCAGCGCCACAAGCUGAUGGCCCUCACCGAGUACCUGGCGCCGCGCCCCGCCGUCCCCGAGCGCUGCCUGCGGCCCGCCGCCGAGCCAGAGGAGGAGGAGAACGGUUACGCCCGGCUGUUACGGCGGCAGGUGGAGGAGGUGUUCCGGGACAGCCGGAUGAUCGCGGUGUGCCAGUACAACUCCAUGCCCGGGGAUGACAUGGUGCUCAUGAGGCACUACCUCCGGAAGCACAACAUCGAGGUCAAGUUCUUCCUGAACGAGAUUGUCCGACCCGUGCUGUCCCAGUCCCGCUACAAGAACCUCCUCCCGCUCUUCGUGGGGCGCAACAUCCUUCUGGUGAGCCCGGAAACGAAGGCGAAGGAGAUGCUGCGGGUCCUGAAGGGAGUGCCGCAGGUCAACCUGCUGGGCGCCUGCAUUGACAACACCAUCCUGAGCAGGCAGGGGGUGGAGAACUUCGCCAAGCUGCCCCCGCUGGAAGCCUCGCAGGGGCAGACGGUGGGCGCCCUGGCGCUGCUGCCCUCCCAGACGUGCUCCCUGCUGCAGCACGGGGCCGCGCACCUCACGGCGCUGCUGGACCAGCACAUCCGCCAGCUGCGGGACGGGGCUGGCGAGGGGGGGUCCCCGGCGGGGACAGAGCCUGCCCAGAGCCCCGGGGCACCCUGACCCUGACCCUGACCCCCAGCCCCUGCUCAGCCUCGUGCACUGGUCGAGGGUCAGCUCUUCACUGACGGGGACAGGGGUCAAAGUUUUGCUGCGUGCUGGCAGCCGGCGGGGGGCCGGGGGCAGCGCGGCCCUGCAGCCCGCCUCGUCCCUUCCCUCUGCUCCCCCUGCCUGCACCAGCGGCACAGGGGGUGACCCGGCUGCCUUCGGGUGCUGUGGGAGGCGGCCGGAGGGGCGCUGGGACCGGCGGGAGGAGGCAGAGCCGUGGCGGUGUGGAGGACGUGCAGCACCCAGCGGCCGGGGUGCGGAGGGGCGUGCUGCGGAGAGCUCGGCGCUGGUGGAGCUGCGUCUGCGGGGCUGCUUCCAUUAAACUGAGCUGGUGGUGGCAGCGA